CAACAUACCGUCUUUCCUCCCUCCUUCUCCGCCAUUCACAUAGAUGCCAUGACGGAUGUUUCUCUCGGCUAACAUAGGUGUCGUCUCAUUAGCAAGUAGUAACUCCUUGUAUCAUCUCAUCUUCUCGACGUUGAGCAGUACGGCCCCCGCACUGAGCUAUUCACCGAUAAGAGCAGGUGAACUCAUCUCUCGUAGUGAACCCGGCCUCUGAGAGGAAUAUAAAGAGCUGAUAGCUCUUCCCAAGAAAAACAGCCAACACUUGGCUCUUCGUCCACCCGACUCACCUUUCCUGGUCCUUGCUUAACAACAUCCAUCAUGCAACUCACUCUCUUUCUCUCGCUUCUGCCAGUCUUGGCUCUGGCCGCUCCACCUCCGGCUCCUGUACUCCCGGCUCUCGCCGGUACCCCGAUUGCUGGGCGUUACAUUGUGAGGCUGAAAAACCAAGGCCUCCAACCUAUCCUUGAGGGUGCACUGAAACUUCUCAAGAAGCAGCCUGCCCACAUCUACAAGUUCGGCACAUUCAGUGGGUUUGCAGCUGAUAUUAGCGACGAUGUUGUUGCACUUCUUCAGAGGCUCCCUGGUGUCGAAUACAUUGAGCAGGAUGCUGUGGUCACAGCAGACCUUGGUACGAUUGAUAAAAUGAAAAAGAGAGCAUAUGUCACUCAAUCGACCUCUCCUUGGGGCCUUGGCCGUAUCUCCCACCAGGACAUUGGCGACUCUUCCUACACCUACGACAGCACCGCUGGAGCCAACACCUGUGUGUAUGUCAUCGACACUGGAAUCUACACCGCCCACCCUGAGUUUGAGGGUCGUGCCACCUUCCUCGCAAAUUACGCUGGUGAUGGUUCCAACACCGAUGGUAACGGCCACGGAACUCACUGCGCUGGAACUGUCGGAUCAAAGACCUAUGGCGUAGCGAAGAAGGCUAGAAUCUUCGGUGUCAAGGUCCUUGACGCCCAAGGCGCGGGUAGUAACUCUGGUGUUCUUGCUGGUAUCAACUUUGUCGCCAACGACUCCAAGACCCGCACUGGCUGCACUGCCGGCGUUGUUGGCAGCCUGUCCCUCGGUGGCAGCAAGUCCACCGCUGUUAACUCCGCUGUCGCCAGCGCCGUGGCUGCAGGCGUCUUCAUGGUUGUUGCUGCGGGAAAUGACGCUCGAAAUUCUGCUAAUGUCUCACCCGCCUCUGAGCCUACAGCCUUCACGGUUGCUGCUUCUGACAGCAACGACAAGUUCGCUACAUUCUCGAACUGGGGUUCAUCUGUCGACAUUAUCGCACCGGGCGUCUCAAUCCUAUCAACCUGGAACAACGGUGGCACCAACAGCAUCUCAGGUACAUCAAUGGCAACGCCCCACGUGGCUGGUCUAGCCGCCUACAUCCUUGGCCUCGAGGGCAAGAAAGACCCCGCUGCUCUUGCCAGCCGUCUCCAGACCCUUUCACUCAAGAAUAAGAUCACCAGCAUUCUUGGAAGUGGUACUCCCAACUUCCUUGCCUUCAAUGGUAACCCUAGCGGCUGAAUGGUGGCCAAGCGCAUUGUCAAGCGCGUGCUGAUCAUCGUUAAGCGGGUACUUAAGAGUCUUGUUUAUUCCAGCAUACGAAGGGCAUAGAGAUGCACACCCUCUACGAAGCCUCAUGGU